AUGAGAUUUUCAUUCACCAUAUCACACGUGGCUGGCAAAGAGAUUGCAACGGCUGAUGUUCUGUCGAGAGCACCAGUAGCAUGUUCAGAGGAGCAACUACGCGAGGAGGAGAUCAACCUCUAUGCUGACACCGUCGUAGCCAGCCUCCCUGCAACUGGGAAGAGACUCGAGGAGAUACAGACUCACCAGGACAAAGAUGACAUUCUGCAGCAGCUCAAGCAGUUUUGUACGUCAGGUCUCGCUUCAGACGUCAGGUCUCGCUUCAGACGUCAGACGUCAGGUCUUGCUUCAGACGUCAGGUCUCGCUUCAGACGUCAGGUCUCGCUUCAGACGUCAGGUCUCGCUUCAGACGUCAGGUCUUGCUUCAGACGUCAGGUCUUGCUUCAGACGUCAGGUCUUGCUUCAGACGUCAGGUCUCGCUUCAGACGUCAGGUCUCGCUUCAGACGUCAGGUCUCGCUUCAGACGUCAGGUCUCGCUUCAGACGUCAGGUCUUGCUUCAGACGUCAGGUCUUGCUUCAGACGUCAGGUCUUGCUUCAGACGUCAGGUCUUGCUUCAGACGUCAGGUCUUGCUUCAGACGUCAGGUCUUGCUUCAGACGUCAGGUCUUGCUUCAGACGUCAGGUCUUGCUUCAGACGUCAGGUCUCGCUUCAGACGUCAGGUCUCGCUUCAGACGUCAGGUCUUGCUUCAGACGUCAGGUCUCGCUUCAGACGUCAGGUCUGCUUCAGACGUCAGGUCUCGCUUCAGACGUCAGGUCUCGCUUCAGACGUCAGGUCUCGCUUCAGACGUCAGGCCUCGCUUCAGACGUCAGGUCUCGCUUCAGACGUCAGGCCUCGCUUCAGACGUCAGGUCUCGCUUCAGACGUCAGGUCUCGCUUCAGACGUCAGGUCUCGCUUCAGACGUCAGGUCUUGCUUCAGACGUCAGGUCUUGCUUCAGACGUCAGGUCUUGCUUCAGACGUCAGGUCUUGCUUCAGACGUCAGGUCUUGCUUCAGACGUCAGGUCUCGCUUCAGACGUCAGGUCUCGCUUCAGACGUCAGGUCUCGCUUCAGACUUCAGGUCUUGCUUCAGACGUCAGGUCUUGCUUCAGACGUCAGGUCUUGCUUCAGACGUCAGGUCUCGCUUCAGACGUCAGGUCUCGCUUCAGACGUCAGGUCUCGCUUCAGACGUCAGGCCUCGCUUCAGACGUCAGGUCUCGCUUCAGACGUCAGGUCUUGCUUCAGACGUCAGGCCUCGCUUCAGACGUCAGGUCUCGCUUCAGACGUCAGGUCUCGCUUCAGACGUCAGGUCUCGCUUCAGACGUCAGGUCUUGCUUCAGACGUCAGGUCUUGCUUCAGACGUCAGGUCUUGCUUCAGACGUCAGGUCUUGCUUCAGACGUCAGGUCUCGCUUCAGAUGGUUGUGAUGUGGUUGAUGGUUCUGGAUGUGGUUGA